GACGAGGAUUUUGAAAUUUAGAAGCUAACAAAGAAGAUUCUUAUGUCUGCAACCAAGGGAAGCACUGCUGAAUCGUCUAUGGAUCAAUUUCAAAAUGACAGAUCUUCACUUGCUGACUUAUCCAUGGAUGAAUUGCAAACUCAUCUAAGAAAUGCAUUACACAAUAACAGAUAUUUACUUGUACUAGAUGAUGUUUGGAAUAACGAUCGUGAGAAAUGGCUCGAGUUAAAAGAACUACUGAUGGGUGGUGCCGGUGGAAGUAAAAUUGUGGUGACUACGCGCAAAAAUUCAGUGGCUUCAAUCAUGGGUACUUUUCCCACACAAGAAUUGAAGGGUCUUUCCCACGAGGAUUGUUUGUCUUUGUUUGUCAAAUGUGCAUUUACAGAUGGGCAAGGUAAGCAUUACCCGAACCUCGUAAAACUUGGGGAUGAGAUUGUUAAGAGAUGUGGAGGGGUUCCUCUUGCAGUAAGAGCUUUAGGGGGCUUCCUUUUUCGAAAGGUGGAUGAACAUGUUUGGGUAUCGGUGAGAGAUAAUGAAAUAUGGAAAUCAAAAGAAGAUAGAAUUUUGCCUGUAUUGAAAUUUAGCUAUGAUGAGCUUCCAUCUUACUUGAAACAAUGUUUUGCCUUUUGUUCACUGUUUCCAAAAGAUUUUGAGUUCAACAACAGGGAGUUGAUUCAAUUUUGGUUGGCACACGGUCUCAUUCAGCCAUCUAGUCAAAACCAAGAUUGGAAGAUAUUGGUAAUGAAUAUAUUACUGAAUUGUGCUCCAGAUCUUUCUUUCAAGAUGUGCAAGAUUGUAAAUUUUGUGUUUACUUUAAAAUGCAUGAUCUGGUGCAUGAUCUUGCAAAGUCUGUAGCACAAUUUGAACAGCACACUCUAGAUGCUAUAGAAAAAAUCAAUUCCAACGAGGUUCAACAUGUUUUGCUUUCUGGCGAUGAUCCAGAAGAAGUUCUAACACUUCUCCAGAAAAUAACCAAACUUCGAACCAUUUUGUUUAGAAAUGGAGGGGCCACUAGUCUGUCAUUUGUGACUACUUGCGCUUCCAAAUUCAAAUACAUGCGAUAUUUGGAUUUAAGUGACUCUAGUUUUGAGGUGUUGCCAAGUUCCAUUGGUAACAUGAAACACUUGAGAUAUGUGAGCCUCUUACGGAAUAAGAGGAUCAAGAAACUCCCAGCUUCCAUCUGCAAGUUGUAUCAUUUGCAGACAUUGAUACUUGCUGAAUGUUCGGAACUUGAAGAAUUGCCAAGAGAUAUGGGGAACUUGAUCAAUCUGAUGUUCUUGUCGAUAACCACAAAGCAAAGAGCUUUGUCGGGGACAGAGAAUGGUUUGGGAUGCUUGAUUUCUCUUCGUUCUUUAUUGAUUUACGCAUGUAACAAUCUGGAAUUCAUUUUUGAAGGGAUGCAAAACCUCACUGCCGUUAGAACAUUGGUGAUUGUAGGGUGUCCAAGUCUGGUGUCUUUGCCAACAAGUGUAAAACACCUGCCUGCAUUAGAGAAUCUGGUAUUUGGGGAUUGUGAAAGGCUGAAUUUGAUGGAUGGGGAUGGGGAUAGUGAAGACGAUAUUCAAGGCUCUACUAGUAGACUCUGUACCUUUAUCAUUAGUGCUUUACCACAAUUGGAGGCUUUGCCCCAAUGGCUCGUCCAAGGACCUACUGCUAGCAACCUGCACUGCUUCGGUAUCAAUGGAUGUCACAACUUCAAAGGAUUGCCAGAGUCACUGGAGAAUCUCACAUCACUCCAGGAACUUCGUAUUGGUGAUUGCCCUCAACUUUCAACUCUGCCAGAAGGGAUGCAUCGCCUCACUACACUAAAAGUUCUUAGCAUUGAUGAUUGUCCUGAGUUGAGGAAAAGAUGCAUGCCAAAAAUAGGAGAGGAUUGGCACAGGAUUGCUCAUGUCCCAGAGAUAAAUAUUGAUGGGGAAUCUAUUAAAUGGACAACCAAUAAUUAGAUUAUUCACAGCGCAGGGAAGGGGCAAAGGCAAACUUCACUACUGCAAGAUCAAAGACCUUGAAGUGGCACACAAAACCUUGAGGCAUUCUUUUGCUGAUUGGAAAUGUUGCCUUCUUUUGAGAUGAUGAAACUUCUUGAUUUGGUUUUCAUGGUGGGUGUUUUACUGUUAAUUUCCUUAUAUUAUCAUUGUUGAAUUGAAUUGAAUUCUUAGUUGGUGUGUUUCUUUUGUAUUUUACUUUAAAUAUCUUCAUCAAUGUCUAUUUAAACUAUGAGAGUCAAAUGACUCAAUUAAUUUGAUUGCA